AUGGUCACUUGGAUGCACUAUCUUGGAGAUGAUGACGGGAAGACAAACUUGGACGGACGAGGAGAUGUGGAUUUGUAUGUUGAGAUGGUGCAAGGUCCAUCUUCAGUAAUUUCCGAACUUGGAAAAGAUUUCUUGAGGAGAUUCUUCCUAACAGAUCCAAAUUGUAAAUGGACAGCUCCCAUGCUUCUUGAUCAUCCAUUUAUUACACGAAAUAUGAAGGGAUUACCUCCAGUUGAAGAAACUCAAUUUCAGAACAACCCUUUCGUCAUCUACGAUCGAUGGAUUUGGCAUCUGCUACACAAUGUUAUGGUGAACAUGGAUAUGAUGGAUAUGAUCGUCUUGCGAAAUUCCUUCAGUUUUCAUUGGCCCCAAGAUGGUCUGAAGGCAACUGACAAGAUCACAGCGUUGCCAGGCGAACCAAAUGGCGUGAAUUUUUAUCAAUACUCAGGGUAUGUCACUGUGGAUCCAAAGGCCGGUCGAGCUGUCUUCUACUAUUUUGCCAAGUCUCAAAAUUCAUCUACCAAACCCCUUGUGCUCUGGCUAAAUGGAGGACCUGGUGCAUCUUCAUUUGAGAUUGGAGCGAUGACUGAACUCGGACUAUUUCGAGUUAGCAAAGCUGGAAAAACGUUGUGGGAAAACCCGUAUGCCUGGAACAAUGUGGAAAAUGUACUUUUCUUGGAGUCUCCUGCCGGUGUUGGAUUUUCUUACUCAAACACAUCGUCUGAUUACAUUAUCGGAGACACAAAAACUGCUGCAGAUUCUUACACAUUUCUAGUCAAUUGGUUAGAAAGAUUCCCAGAAUACAAAACCACAGAAUUUUUUAUAGCUGGACAAGGUUAUGCCGGUCGGUACGUGCCUCAACUUGCUCAACUAAUCCUCCUCCAUAACAACAAGAUAACUAACCAAACUGUUAUUAACUUGAAAGGAGUUGUUGGGAAUGGACACUAUGAUAUUGAAACACAAAACAGGAGGACUUAUGAUUAUUACUGGACACAUGCCCUAAUAUCCGAUGAAAUCCAUCAGGGUAUAGUUUCUAAUUGCAAUUUUUCCUCGGCAGAUCCACCUCCAGAUGCUUGUCAAACAUACAAGAGCCAAGCACAUUCAGCUAAAGGCCAUAUUGACAGUAACAAUAUUUAUGCUCCCUUGUGUUCUUCUUCUUCUUCAAGUACUCCUCCUUUGAUAAAUGAGUAUGAUCCAUGCUCGGAUAAUUAUGUUUACACUUACCUAAAUACUCCUGCCGUGCAAAAAUCACUUCAUGCUAAUACAACCGGAAUCCCUGGACCUUGGAAAAACUACAAUGGCUACAUAGGCCAUAAUUGGGAUGACGAGACAGACACAGUGUUACCUGUAAUCAAGGAGCUCAUUUCAAGUGGCGUUAGCGUUUGGCUGUACAGUGGGGACAUAGAUAGUGUUUGUUCUGUGACAACAACUAGAUAUGCCUUGAACAAUCUCAGGCUCUCCGCGAAAACUCCUUGGUAUGCUUGGUACACUCAAGGCGAGGUUGGUGGUUAUGCAGUGGAAUAUGAAAACUUAACCUUUGUUGCAGUAAGAGGAGCUGGACAUCUUGUUCCUAGUUAUCAGCCUGCCCGGGCAUUAACAUUGUUCUCAUUGUUCUUGGUUGAAAAGCUUCCACCUUCCAACUAG